GCUAUGAACACAAGACGGAAGAAUGCAAGGAGGGCCGGUGAGGAGAAUGUGAAUGAGUUGGUUCCCCCUCAAACUCCUCAAAACCCUCAAGUUCCUAUUGAAGAAGUGGUUAUGUCUAAUGUUGAGAUAAGGUCGGCUAUUCAUAAUUUGACUCAAGUGUUGGCCACUCAAGUUGCUAGGGAUGCUAGGGUGCAAGUGAACCCCAAUGCUAGCACUACUGCUUCUAGGAUAAGCUAUUUCACAAGGAUGAAUCCCCCUACUUUCUUUGGAUCCAAAGUGGAAGAAGAUCAACAAGGAUUCAUUAAUGAAGUGUUUAAGGUUCUAGAGGCAAUGGGUGUGUCUUCCCAAGAAAAGGCAGAGUUAGCCGCCUAUCAACUCAAAGAUGUGGCACAGGUGUGGUCAGCUAUGCUAAUCCCAAUCAUGGACAUUUCUCGCUUUAUGGUUCAAGCCGAGAAAAUUGAGGAGCAAAAACUUAAGCAAGUUGGUAGAGAGUUGAAGAGGUCAAGGGCCGACGAUGGAAAUUCUUCUAAGGGACUGCCCUAUGCUAAAGGCUCAAGGAAGGGAAAUGUUCAAGCACAAGCAAGUGGCCCAAAUCCCGAUGCUCCUAAGAAGAAUCGCUUCUAUGCUCUCCAAUCCCGAGGUGAUCAAGAGAGCUCUCCGGAUGUUGUGACUGGAGGUGGUGGUUCUCAAAUUGCUAUGCCUACUUGUUCCACUUGUGGAAAGAAGCAUUUUGGGAAGUGUCUAUCCGGCACUAGUGGUUGCUAUGGUUGUGAGAAAAAUGAUCACAAGGUGCGAGAUUGUCCUAAUAUUGUGGCUAAAGGAAGGAAUGCUAGGCAAGCUCCUUAUAGUAGUCCUAGUGUUGAUGGUCAAGCAAGGAAUCGUUUCUAUGCUCUCCUAUCUAACAAGGAAGCAAAUCCGGAUGAAGGUGCCGGUAAGUCAUAA